UAUGUUGGUUUUUUAUGGAGAUAAACGAGACCACCGCAAGCGCAAAUGGGCGUUGGUCCGAGAUGCGCACGCGCAUUUUCUUGUUAAUUUGUUUUCUUAUCAGAAAAGCGUAUUCGUAUUUCGUCGAGAUUGAUUGAUAAACAAAUAUUCGGCCCGCAAAACAUCCCAGACUCCAGUCGACCCAGUCCGGGUCGUAUUCGUGUUCCUUGUUCCUUUAGUUAAACGUUUUGUCGCUUUUUGAAUUAUUGCAGUACCGUACAGACAGCGCAAAUUGUUUUUAUAGACAUUAUAAACUUAAAAGUGCCUAGUACAAACGGUUAGUAAAUCUGCAUUUUUCGGUUGUGGGUUGAUCUCAGCUACCGAACCGGUUGACACGAUUUCCAGAUUCCAAACAACACUUUUCGUUGAUGGCUAUGACUUUGGGGAAAGAUAACAUGGGAGAGCAACCAAUAUUUACAUGCAAGGCCCAUGUUUUCCACAUAGAUCCCAAAACAAAAAAGUCAUGGAUACCAGCAUCCACAGUUGCUGUCAAUGUUUCAUUCUUUUUCGAUUCCCACCGAGCAUUGUAUCGCAUCAUUAGUGUGGAAGGAAGCAAAGCUGUCAUAAACAGUACAAUAACUCCAAAUAUGUCCUUCACUAAGACAUCACAAAAAUUUGGUCAGUGGACUGACAAUAGGGCCAAUACUGUAUAUGGUCUUGGGUUUUCUUCUGAACAAGAACUAAAUAAAUUUAUACACAAGUUUGAAGAAGUAAAAGAAAAAACACGACAAUCGGCAGUAAGUGGACCACAGCAGAUUCAACAAGGAUUUAUGAGUUCAACAACACCAAUUACAAGUGCUAAUGCUAGUCCUGUAACUACACGUAUUAGUCAAUCAUCUGACGGUCAAAGUAUUAUUGAACCUCCCAACAUGACACCCACUGAUCCAAAUACUACUCCUGAAGAUACUAAUUCAACUGAACAAAUGAUUAAUCAGAUGUCUAAAACUAUGAUUUCUAAUGCUAAUCAUGCUGCUGAAAGUCCAAAACAUCAAGGAAGUAACGAUGGACGCAUGAGUGGUGGAAAUUCAAUGUUACCUGAAUCUCAAUUAAAAUAUGAAAAUGAAAGAUUAAAAUUAGCUUUAACUCAUAGUUCAGCAAAUGCAAAAAAAUGGGAAAUUGAACUUCAGACACUUAAGAACAAUAACUUAAGAUUAACCAAUGCACUGCAAGAAAGCACAGCAAAUGUAGAUGAGUGGAAACGACAGUUGCAAUCUUAUAAAGAGGAAAAUCAACGAUUGAAAACUAGAUACCUUGACGCUGAAGUAGCCAAAGGAGGAUCAGAAGUUGCUUCAGAAUUAAGAAAUGAGUUAACUAGUUUACGCUUGAAAGUUGAAAACCUUGAUGGUGAGUUGAAGAGUAAAAAUGAAGAAAUUCAAAAGAUGGCUAUGAAUAGAAUGCCACUUGAAGAAAAAUGCAAGGUUCUUAGUCAAGAAAACGCUGAACUUCAAGCUGCAGUCAGUCUAGCCCAAGCACAGUUGGAAACAGCUUUAGCAGCACAAGAAUCACAAAGACGUGUUAUAGAUACACUGAACAAUAGCCUAUUUGUGCGCAUACAAGAAUUGGCUGCAAUACACAGAGAAAUGACAACUGCUAUUCAAACCUAAGGUAUAAUAAUUUGUGAAUAAUCAAAUAACAAUUGGCUGUAAAAAGCGCAGUUUAAUAUUUUAUUCAUUUUUUUAAAUCACAUAAUUAUAUCGUUUUUUAUUUAUUUUAUUUUAUUCGUAAGAAAUUGAGAAAAUCAAUGAAAAAUAUUAAGUUUAAGAAAAAGGUAAAUUUAUCUAGUUUACAAAUUUAAUGUACAUACCAUCUUUUGCCAAUUUUGCAUAUUUAUAACUAUUCAAUAUUUAUAAUUUGUGAUUGAUUGAGAUCUAGAAAUUAAUUGUUUAUAAUUUUGUAAAGUUUUAAGAUAAAUUGAUAAAACUAGUAUACUUACAAAGUAAUCAUUAAAUACUGUUAUAAUUAGUGUUUGGAAGUUAUGGGAGUUAAAAUUAAUUAGUGCACAAAUUAUGCCAAGUAUGCGAAAUUAGAUAUUCAAAAUUGAAAAUAAGGUAACUUAUUAAUUAAUAGUAUAUUACCAGUAGCAUUCCCAGGGAAGAGAAGUUGGAGAUUAUAUUCCUCCCAUUGACUUUUUUGUAUUUUAAUAAAUGUCAUCAAUGUUUUGAAACUUGCGUUAUAUGUUAUCUACAUGCAUUUUGAUUACAUUGUAUGUUAUUUACGUAUUGUUGAAAAGAGAGUUAGAGCUAUGUUAUAUAGAGACAUGUCAAAGUAAAUAACCCCAUAUUUAAUAUGUUGUUGUAUAGAAUAAGUUUCCUGCUUGAUUUGUUUUAAUGCAAGAGUGAAAUAUGUAACUCCUACAACUUCCAAUCUCUAGUUACAUUAUGCAGUUUAAUAAAAUUCAUUUGCUUGUCACAUUUCUUCAAAAUAAACUUGUUUCGUUAGUUAUUUUUAGUGAUGCAAUAUACUUUUAUUUAAUGCCCUGUUAUCCAAACGAGUACCAAUUUUGAUAUUUUAUCAUUAAAUAAAUUACAUUUUUUAUGUUAAUCUAAAAUUAAAAAUUUUUAUUCAUCUAUUAUUGAUAAACAAUAAUUAAAAUAAAAAAUUUUCAAAUGAUUAUAAGGAUUUUAAUUUCUUUUUUAAAUCAUUACUAAAUACUUAAAAAUUUAACAUAAAUUUUAUUUUAUAGAUCUAAAAAUGUAUUGAGUAUUGAAUAAAAUGAGAAUCAAUUUUUUGAAAUCACCCAUUUCUAGUUCCUUUACCACUAUAACACUAACAAUAAUUUUGAGAUAUAUAAAAAUAAUAUUGUUAGUUAACAAUUAUAGCGUUUAACAAACAUUUAUAAUAUGUGCAAUUUACUUAUUAAGAUUUAAGAGCUUAUCAAAUAACUCGGCCUAAACUUAAAAAGUAUUAAAAAUGUUAUUUUAUUUAUUUUUCAAAUGUAUUAUUAAAAGUAUUAGGUAGAUUAUUUUUACAUAUUUAAUUAUUUCCUCUCCAAAAAUGUACUAUUGAUCUUUUCUAUUAUUUGUUUGUUUUGAUAGUUAAAAAUUACAAUUUUUUAUUUAUACAAAUAUAAUUAAUGACAAUUUUAAUAAAAGAAAUAUUGGUUACUUACUUCUAUAUUAUAAUAAAUGUGAUAUAUUAUUGUUUUUAUAAUUAUCUUGAUUUUAUUUCUUAUUCAAAUAUUUAUUAAAACUAUUUAAUGUUUGAAAUAUUAAAAUUGAUUUCCUUUAACGAGGAGAAAAUUUACUUUUCUAAUUUAUACCAUUUUUAAAUAAAUAAUUUUUUUUUUUUUUUUAAAUACUUUUACUGUUUACUUCAUUAAUUAUAUUAAUAGUUUUCAAGUUAAAUUACAGUAACAUAAGUUUUAGAUGUAAAUUAUAAAAUUAUUUUUUACAUUACUAUAUAUUUAGUUUUUUUGACUGAAUUUAUUUAUUUUUUCAUUUUAUUGUAUACACAUGUAAAAUAAAUAAAUAAUAAUUAUUAUUGUUUUAUUAAUUUUCUAAUUAGCAAUGGUUGUAAAUGCCUAAAUUAUUUUUUAAACAUUUGACUUCCUUGUGGUUCAGUAUAUUUUAGCAAUAUUUAAGUAAAUAGUUUCAAUUGUUUUACUGUAGAAUAUUACUAAACAUAAUAAUAAUAAAUUUAUUUAUAAUUUAAUGUGAUAAAUUGUAAUAUUGUGUUUACAAUUUAUUAUAAAUUUGUGUAAUUAGUCAAAAAUGAUAUGAAUAACAGAUGUAACAAUAAGCUUUUAGAAAAAUUGUAAUAUUCAUAGAUAAGUGUAUAAUUUGUAUAUUAAUUAAUUUUUUUUUUAUAUAAUAUUGCAUUAGAAUGUAUUUUAUUGUGUAUACUUUGAUUAUAGUGUUCAUUUAUAAAAAAAUGAUCAAAAUAUAUUCGAAUAAAAUAUUUAUUUUUUAUUAUGACCCAUAAAAGGCUGACAAGUUUGAUAUGACAUGUUAAUUUAUAAAAAUACAAAUUCAACUAGUGAUAAAAGGUGAUGUAGAGUUGUAUGAAGCCACAAGUUCUGAUUGAAUAGUAAAACAAUUUUUUUUCAAC